GCUCAUUGUCGUCAUGAGUGGGCUAGUUAGGGCUACGUCACGAGCCAUUGAUUGGUCAGGGUUAUAUUGUUGAAAGAUGGCGGUCACAAGCGGUGUAUUUGGAGAUCUAAAAGAAAUCAAAAAGCAGCUUUUAAGCAUUGUGUGGUUAUGUCGAGAGCGGGGUUUAACACACAGUGUGAAAUGGGCCUCGGAAUUGGCAUAUGCACUAGAUCCUCUUCCUAUGAAUGAGCUGCCCUCACCUUCUGCUUUCACUGAGGCUGAUGCUCGGGAUCUGGAUGCAUACACUCUUGCGAAGUCUUACUUUGAUCUGAAGGAGUACGAUCGUGCUGCCUACUUCCUGCGAGAAUGCAAGAGUUCAAAGGCUUAUUUCCUUUACAUGUACUCGAGAUACCUGUCUGGAGAAAAGAAGAAAGAUGAUGAGACAGUGGAUAGUCUAGGUCCUUUGGAGAAAGGCCAGGUGAAAAAUGAGUCUCUAAGGGAACUGAGGGUAGAGAUGAGCAAGAAACACAAAGCCAGGGAGCUUGAUGGAUUUGGACUUUACCUGUAUCUAAAAUCCCUGUCUCUGCCAGAUACCUGGAUGAAGGAAUUUUUUUUGGCCCAUAUUUAUACAGAGUUGCAGCUUAUUGAAGAGGCCUUGCAGAAGUACCAGAGUUUGAUUGAUGCAGGAUUUUCCAAAAGCACCUACAUCAUGUCUCAGAUCGCUGUUGCCUAUCAUAAUAUUAGAGAUAUUGACAAAGCUUUGUCCAUCUUCAAUGAGCUGAGAAAACAAGAUCCAUACCGAAUCGAGAAUAUGGACACUUUCUCCAAUCUGCUUUAUGUCCGGAGUAUGAAACCUGAAUUGAGCUACCUGGCUCACAACUUGUGUGAAAUUGACAAGUAUCGGGUGGAGACCUGCUGUGUCAUUGGUAACUACUACAGCCUCAGAUCCCAGCAUGAGAAGGCCGCACUGUACUUCCAGCGAGCUUUAAAGCUAAAUCCUCGCUACCUGGGAGCCUGGACCCUGAUGGGACACGAAUACAUGGAAAUGAAAAACACAUCGGCUGCAAUACAAGCAUACAGACCCAAUGACUCACGGAUGCUUGUAGCUUUAGGAGAGUGCUAUGAGAAACUGAACCAAUUGGUUGAAGCCACAAAGUGUUACUGGAGAGCUUAUGCAGUUGGUGAUGUGGAGAAAAUGGCAUUGGUAAAACUAGCCAAACUCCAUGAACAGCUGAAUGAGUAUGAAGAAGCUGCCCAGUGCUACAUCAAGUAUGUUCAAGACAUUUGUUCUUGUGGGGAGAUAGUUGAUCACCAUGAACUGGGUACGGCAUUCCGAUACUUAGCACAGUACUACUUUAGACGGCAGCUCUGGGAUGAAGCCUCUGCUUGUGCACAGAAAUGCUGUGAUUUCAAUGAUACUCGAGAAGAGGGUAAGGCACUCCUGAGACAAAUCUCUCAACUUCGCAGCCAGGGUGAGACCCCAGCAGCAGAUAUGAAUGUUCCUUUCUUUUUAUCUGCCCCAUUAUCUGCUAACAAUACCCCUGUUCGCAGAGUUUUGCCUCUCAACUUAUCGUCUGUCACACCUUAGCACUCCAAACUAUGGAUGCAGAAGACGCUUGAAAAACAGAUUUGGACUGCUGCUUUGUGCAAGGACAGUAAUAUAUCAGCUCAUCUUUUGUUAAAUAUAGUUUACUUCUAGCUGGUUGGUGUGUUUUCCAGAUACAAACACACACUGGAAGAGUAAAGCUUAUCUGCUGCAGUGAUUAUGGUUUUCUGCUAACAAUGACUGUGCCACCUUUUGUGGUUGGAUUGUGAACAGACAUCUUUUUAUAAACUGCUCAAGGUGUCUGCCAUUUCCAGUACUAUUAGACUCAGAAUCUUGUGUUUUACUGCCCUGGAUGAUGACAGUAUUUCUUUCACUGGUAGGGACUGAAAUGUGAUGGUCCAGUGACUGCUGAACUGUAAGAAUGCAGUCUGUUUUCUUCAAUUUCUUCUACAAAGCACAAAGAAAAGGAAGUUAUUUAGUGUUGUCAUAUUGUAACUAAAGAUAAAAAUGUGGUAGCUGUUCUGUAAAAUAUAUUAUUAUAUUUCCUUCUGGAAAAGACAUUUGGACGAAUAUUUGCAUUAUCCAGAAUCACUGCUUAGAUUGUCAUUUUACUGCCUACCGUUUUUGUUUAAAGCCAUAAAGUGAGUUUUGAUUACUGCAUCAGGAGCACUUCCUGUAGAAUUUUGUAAAGGGGAGUUGGUGUCCAUUGUCAGUCAGUUCUGUUUUGCCGUACUGGUCUUAGAGAAUGUACUUAUAUACACCCUCUUUGAAUGUGUGCUGUUAAGGAAGUUCAUAGUCUUACUUUUAGGCAUUUUGUUACAAAUUAAUGAUGUGCUGUAUCCCCGCUUUGUAGACUGCUCUUAUUGAGUGGUACCUUUUUUCUGUUUUCUUAGUUCAAAAGUGGACUACGAUCUUGCUUAAUAUCACUUUGGGGUGGGGGGACUAUUUCCAUUAACAGGUUACACAAAUCUUGCCCUCUUGUACAGCUGAUGGUGAUUUUUCUUCUUCUGCCUAGCCUGUAUAUUUUGUGAUUGCUUGGGCUUCAUUGUAGACUUUGCUGGUCUUUAUGCAUGUACCACACACAUCCAUGCUUUGCUGCCCUGGAGCACCAUAAUUGUAGAAGCCUUUACAUCUUCCAUCUACCAGGAGUCACUAGUGCUUUGUUUUUAGUAGGUGGGGGAGCAGUCAGCAGCUUACUGUCAUCUAGUGUCCCUGAUGUCAUAUGCAGAACUCCAUCCUUCUGCACCAUCAAGCCAGUUGUACUCUGACGGCUGCCCAUUUUCUGUAGAGUGUUCAUCUAUUGCGAGUUUUAUUUAUUUAUUUAUUUUAUUUUUUGCUGCUGUUGGUAAACACAUUUUGGGCAGACCUCUCUUACUGGUAAGGUUACUGUACCUUCCCUCUCUGCUAACCUGUAUGUGUUCUUCACUGUGCUUCUGUAAGUGGAUAUGCUGCAUGUAUACAGUUUCCCAUGUAGAUGCUUGAGUUCAAAAAUGUCAAAAGUAACCAAUUCAAGACAGGGGAGUUAAUCUAGUGGUCAAUCACAGUGAAAUGGCAUUACCUUUACUUUACGUACAUCUUUAGAGUGAGAUGAAGUAAGAAGAGUGCAACAACAUUGUUUUGUAAUUAGCUUGAUGCCAUUUUUUUCAAACUUCUAGUUUAUGAAUAUGAAACAUGUCUGUACACUUCCUUAUGGAUGUACCGCAGGUCUGUUUUCUUCAUUGCACUGAUCACUUGACACGUUAUUGUUUUUAAUGGACAUGUUGCUUGUUUGUAUUAUGUAGUGUAGUAGGCUUUAUGGACAUACUACAUACCUUUCCCCUUCACAGUAGCUGUUUAUUGAUUUGUUGCAGGCCUUGUACCAUCAGUGAACUACAGUUGAUGGACAUGCUUCAUGUGUGCAUUUCACAGUAUUGGUGUUGACAGAUGUGCUGCAUGCUUGUGCUGUUUUUGAAAAUGCUACCUUAUCUUUAUUUCCUGCAAACUUUACUUCAUUGGUGGUCCUGAACUUUUCUUUAAAUGUUUUUUUUUUUUUUCAAUUUUAUUUGCCCAUUUUAUUAAGUUAUACAAGGUUUCUCGGUCAUGACAACUUUCACAAAGAACAUGCAUCAGAUAUGUAUGUUCAGAGUUUACUUUUAACAUGAUUAAAAUCCUUAAAGUUGUAGACAUUAAACAUGAUACUGACUGUAGAAUUGCAGUUGUUAGCAGUCGAGAUGUGACUAUGUUCUGUAAUCUAAUGCUUUUCCCCUUUGAAGGAGGAAGCUUACAGUAAGAUGUUAAUACCUACCUGAUAAUCUCCUAAUCUUAUCUUAAUCAAUCUCAAAAAUGGUAUUACCACUGUCAAAUGUCAUUCAACGAGUAUAUGCAGAUAAAAAAACUCAAGAGUCA